AUGGCGGCGGACCACCUGGCGGAGUCGCUGCACGCCGCCGCUCCCGACGCCACGGCCGCGCUCGCCGCCGGCCCCACGCCGGCGCUCGUGGCGCUCGUGUCGCUGGCGGUGCUCGUGUCGUCGCUCGCGCUCUUCGUGCUUCGCCAUCGCGCCGCCUCGUUGUCCAAAGCACCAGUCGCCGCGGGGCCCGGCGCCGGCAGCAAGUACCAGCCGCUCGCUACAAAGGAUGUAGCGGCGGUGGCGGCGGCGAAUGGCGAGGAGCGGAAGGGCGAGGGGGAUAAGGCGGAGCGCGACGAGGGGAAGGUGGCGAUCGGCAUUCUGUUCGGCACGCAGACGGGCACGUCCGAGGGAUUCGCCAAGACACUCGUGUCGGAGCUGCAGCACCACUUCGCAUCGCACUGCACCGUUGAGCUCAGCAGCCUGGAUGAUCUAGCGGAGGACAGCGAUGGCUUCACAGCGAGGCUUAAGGCCUUCCACGCCGCCUUCUUCCUCGUCGCCACGUACGGCGAUGGAGAGCCAACGGACGAUGCGCAGCGCUUCUUCAAGUGGCUGCACGCCACCGCUGCUGAUGCAGAGGCUCAGGACGACAACCCCUUGCCGCUGCAGGGGCUGCGCUUUGCUGUCUUUGGGCUGGGCAAUCGACAGUACGAGCACUUCAAUUUGAUGGGGAAGUCGCUUGACAAGCACCUUGCUGCUCUCGGCGGGCAGCGCGUGGCGGAGGUGGGGCUGGGAGACGACGACCAGUGCAUAGAGGACGACUUCAAGGCCUGGCGGGCGGGGCUGUGGAAGGGGUUUGAGUCGCUCGUGCUGGGCCGGGGGGCUGGGGGCGAGGGGCAGCAGGGCGAGGGGGCAGCGGGGGAGUGGGCGGACGAGGAGGAGGAGGUGGGGGAGUAUCGCGUGCAGGUGCACCGCACAGGGGGACUGGCAGGGGCUGCUAAGGAGAAGGGGGGCCUCAAUGGGGGGAUGAAUGGCACGAUGAAUGGGGAGGUGAACGGAGAGGGGCAUGGGAAGAUGAAUGGUGGAGAAAAGGAGGUGAAUGGCUUGGCAGAGCAUGUGAAUGGCGGGGAGAAGGAGAAGGAGCAGCAGAUGAGCAUGGGCGAGGCGAUUGCUGCAGUCGGAUGGCACUCGCACAGCAUUGGCAGGGCACGGCUGGCGGUGGUGAGGGAGCUGCAGGCGGCCAACUCAGACCGAUCCACACUGCAUGUGGAGCUCGACCUCUCCACCUGCCCCCACCUGCAGUACGAGGUGGGAGACCACGUGGCAGUGUUUCCAGAGAACAGCGAUGCUGACGUGGCAGCAGUGGCCAAGUGUCUGGGAGUGGAUCUGGAUGACGUCAUCUCCCUGCACCUGCCCUCGCCCUCGUCCUCCCUGCCACCGCCCCCUCCCGGCCGCCACUCCAUGCGCGCCGUGCUCGCCUCGCUGCCCGACCUCCACUCCUCGCCGCGCAAGGCAGCGCUGGCAGUGUUGGCGCACUUUGCCUCUGACCCCGACGAGGCAGCACGUCUCAAGCACCUGGUGAGCGACGGGGGCAAGGCGGAGUACAGGGAGUGGGUGGCGGCGGCACACCGCUCGCUGCUGGAGGUGCUGCAGGCAUUCCCGUCUGCUCGCCCGCCCCUCGCUGUCUUCCUUGCCUCCGUUGCGCCGCGCCUGCAGCCGCGCUUCUACUCCAUCUCCUCCCACCCCAGGCACGCGCCCGGCACGCUGCACAUAACAUGUGCGGUGGUGAGGGACGUCACCCCUGCAGGCCGCAUCCACCACGGCGUGUGCUCCUCCUUCCUGCACCGCCACCUCCCCCUCCCCCUGCCCGCCCCCCCCUCCGCCUCCCCUGAAUCCGCCCCCUCGCCCCUGGCGGUGCUGCUGCCGGUGUUCAUCCGCUCGUCGCACUUCCGCCCGCCCGCUGACCCCGCGCGCCCCAUCGUCAUGGUCGGCCCCGGCACUGGCCUCGCGCCCUUCCGAGCCUUCCUGCAGCACCGUGCACUGCUGCAGAAUGAAGUGCAGCAGCUGGGGGAGGCGCUGCUCUUCUUUGGGUGCCGCCACCGCGACCAGGACUACAUAUACCGCGAGGAGCUAGCAGCGUACGAGGAGAGUGGCGUGCUGUCAGCGCUGCACGUGGCCUUCUCCCGAGACGGGCCCUCCAAGGUCUACGUGCAACACCUGCUCAAGCAACAGGCGGAGAGGGUGUGGGCGGUGGUGGGGAGGGGGGGAGGCAGUGUGUAUGUGUGUGGCGACGCCAAGGCCAUGGCUAGGGAUGUGCACCAUGCGCUGCUUGAGAUCGCAGUGGAGCAGGGCAAAAUGGUGGAGGAGGAGGCAGUAGCAUUGCUGGAUGGUCUAGCGGAGCAGGGUAGAUAUCUAAGAGACAUUUGGUGA